AUGGAGCUCAUUGAGUUCUCUUAUAGACACAUUGAUGUAGAGGUCGAAAAGCUUGGGGAGAAGUUUAGGUUCACUGGCUUCUACGGGGAGUGGGAUCGAAGAAGAAGGGAUAGUUGGGCUCUUCUGGAAUGCAUCAAGGAUAAAUCCCGGCUCCCUUGGCUUGCCGGGGGAGAUUUCAAUGAGAUUCUCACCCAUAGCGGGAAAGUUGGAGGCAGACGCCGUGCGGAAGACGAUAUGGCUCAAUUUCGGGCCGCUCUAAGCUGCACCGGUUUGCAUGAUGUUCGUCCAAAUAAGGGCUGGGAGCGUAUGGAUAGGUUUACUGCAUCUCGGGAUUGGCUUCUGAAUUCGCCUCAAGCUUUUGUUUCAACCGUGAUGACGACUGAAUCUGACCAUGCUGCUAUUCUUUUAAACUCGAAAGGCGAUGAUUGUAUCAAAGGCUCUCGCGGGCGUCAUAAACAGUUCCAUUUUGAGAACUGUUAG